CUUAGAUCUGGUCGAUGUAUCGUCAAAACGCACACCAUAAAGCAAAGCAGCUAUAUUUCCCCCAAGAGUAUUCGUUCUUGUCAGUAAGAAAGUGACCAAAACUUCUUCUCAGGUCGCAGGUCGCAUCCAGCAAUGCUUAACAGCCUCACACGUCGAUCCUCAGAAAUUCUGCGGGUAUUUUGGCAUGGUGCUUUGGCCAUCAGCAUUUCAUUGAACAUUCUUACCAUGUUCCGCUUGCAACCCACGUUUGUUGAUGAUGGACAGUACACUUAUAUUGGCGAGGAUCAUCCAACAGAAUUACCCCUCCGCCUGGACACUGUCGCAUUGACAUUCAACGGUUUGGAACAUUAUGGUACAUCAGACAUCAUGGCCUGGUCGGACUGGAAAUCGCUCGAUCAUUUUCCACGAGGCCAUGGAUUUGUACGGCUGGGAUCAAAUGGUAUCAUCAUCAUCAUCACUAAGUCGUGUGUCAGACAUUCACCAUUCACAAGUUGUUGAGAACGCCGAAGCCUAAUGUUAUAGAAGCGUUAGAAUGUCUGAGUCGUCCCUCUGACAUUAAUGUCUUAUGCAGAUCAUCAAGGCUGUCAUGGUUCAAUAACUACCCAAGUCCCAAGUCGUUUUUAUCAAUGUAUUACAGUGUACUGCGCUUGCUUGCAGUGAAUGUAUUGUUUUGU